AUGCAGAAGACAGCUGCCCAGGAAGCAGUCCUGCAUGCAUCUGGAAAUGGCACACAUUUACCGUCUAAGGACUACUGCAUUCUAUAUAACCCUCAGUGGACAGUGCUUCCAAGUACCCUAGAAAAUGCAACUUCCAUUAGUUUGCUGAAUCUGACUACUACACCACUGUGUAGCCUUUCUGAUAUUCCACCUGGUGGCCUAAAGAACAAAGCAGUUGUGGUACAAUGGGGAACCUGCGAUAUACUUGAAAAGGCCAGAAUUGCACAAAAAGGAGGUGCUGAAGCAUUGUUGGUUGCCAAUAACAGUGUCUUAUUUCCUCCCUCAGGGAACAGGUCUGAAUUUGAUGAUGUGAAAAUACUGAUUGCCUUUAUAAGUAAAAAAGACUUUAAAGAUAUGAAACAGACUUUUGGAAGUGACAUUACAGUAAAAAUGUACUCUCCAUUGUCACCUAACUUUGACUAUACUAUAGGGGUUAUUUUUGUAAUUGCUGUGUUCACUGUGGCAUUAGGAGGAUACUGGAGUGGACUAAUUGAAUUGGAAAACUUGAAGGCAGUGACAACGACUGAAGAUAAAGAAAUGAGGAAAAAGAGGGAAGAAUAUUUAACUAUCAAUCCUCUUACAGUUGUAAUAUUUGUGGUCAUCUGCUGUGUUAUGAUGGUCUUGCUUUAUUUUUUCUACAAAUGGUUGGUUUAUGUUAUGAUAGCAAUUUUCUGCAUAGCAUCAGCAAUGAGUCUGUACAACUGUCUUGCUGCAUUAAUUCAUAAUAUACCAUGUGGACAAUGCACGAUUACUUGUCAUGGCAAAAGCAUUGAAGUGAGACUUAUUUUUCUCUCGGGACUAUGCAUAGCAGUAGCUGUUGUUUGGGCUGUGUUUCGAAAUGAAGAUAGGUGGGCUUGGAUUUUACAGGAUAUUUUGGGGAUUGCUUUCUGUCUGAAUUUAAUUAAAACACUGAAGUUACCCAACUUCAAGUCAUGUGUGAUACUUCUAGUCCUUCUCCUCUUCUAUGAUGUAUUUUUUGUUUUCAUAACACCAUUCAUCACAAAGAAUGGUGAGAGUAUCAUGGUUGAACUUGCAGCUGGACCUUUUGGAAAUACUGAAAAGAAUGUUGGAAACUUUGAGGAAGCCACUGCUCAACCCUCAGCUCCCCAUGAGAAAUUACCAGUAGUCAUCAAGAUACCAAAGCUGAUUUAUUUCUCAAUAAUGCAUGUGUGCCUCCUGCCUGUUUCAUUAUUGGGUUUUGGAGACAUUAUUGUACCAGGCCUGUUGGUUGCAUACUGUAGAAGAUUUGAUGUUCAGACUGGUUCUUCUUCUAUAUACUAUAUUUCUUCUAUAAUUGCCUAUGCUGUUGGUAUGAUACUUACAUUUGUUGUUCUGACACUGAUGAAAAGGGGGCAACCUGCUCUUCUCUAUUUAGUACCUUGCACACUUAUUACUGCCUCAAUUGUUGCUUGGAGACGUAAGGAAAUGAAAAAAUUCUGGAAAGGUAGCAGCUACCAGAUGAUGGACCAUCUGGACUGUUCAACAAAUGAAGAAAACUCAGCAACUACUGAUGAACAGAUUGCCCAACAAUAAUAUUAUAUGGACCUGCAAUAAUGUUAUUGAUUUUCUACAAAUAAGAGUUUGACUUUUUAAUUCAAUUCCUGAAUUGACAAUCCAAAAGCAUUUUCAAUGAUGUGUUUGCAAAUAUAUAUUUUUAUGAGCUGAUACAGACAAUUAUUUCAUAGAUAAUUAAAACGCAUUUACUUUUAAUUAUGUUAAAGUUGUGCCUUCGAAUUAAAUAAAAGUAUAUGGUCUGUGUAAUUUCUAAGAUGUAUUGUAUACAGUAUAUUUUUCUAAAAAGAAUUUUGAUUAAUCCCUGUAUUUUCCUUACUGAAAUAUAUUUCUUUCAACUCUAAUGAUAGAUCAAAGUGUAACUAUCAAAGCAAGAUUUUUUGUUAAAGGAUUAGACAUAUUUUAUCUCCUCUAUAAAAUAAAGUAUUUAAGACCAUGCAAGAAGGCAGAUAACAGUGAAAAUUAGGACCUCAUAUCAUACCAAGUUUAGAAAUAUAUUAUUUGGGAAUAAAUAUAAACAUUUUUAUACUUUUUCUAAAAAUUACAACCCUUUUUUUAAACUUGAGAAACUAAAUUACUUCAGACUGCAAUGUGUGUUAGAAUAUUUUUCCAGAUAUAGAGAAAUAUAGAAGUUAUUUAAAGGACACAAAAACUGAAGUCUAGUUUGUAGUGGUACACCAUUAUUUGAAGAUGUAGCUGGUAUUUCUGAUCUUUGAAAUUUGGUUUUGCUGCUGUUAAGGUUUGAUCAUUAAAAAAAAAAUUCUGAUCCAAUUAUAUAUUAAUAUAUGUGGCUCACUAUGUGUAACAUCCUUUCCCCUCCCUGUUACCUUUUUUCUAAUUUUCACUUUUUCCCCAUAAAUAACAACUGUUAACCUUGGAAGCAUACAAGUACAAGUGUACUUUUGUAUCUCAAUUUUUCCACCUACAAAAUGAGUGGGUUGAACCAGUUAUUCACUCUGUAACUUCCAACUUGGAAAAAUCUUUUUUGUCAUUCUUUGUAAAAUCUCAGGUGGGGCUUUGAACAUUUUCCUGGAAAUGCACAUUGUUUUUCUAUUUUCUUUUAUUUUCUCUAAGAAAUUUCUAAAUGACAAGAGAUUGCAAAAGCAACAGGAUUUUGCAUUUCUGUGAAAUAAUACACAAAAUAUGUGAACAGACGCCAGGCAUGAUGGCACACACCUGUAGUCCUAGAUGCUCAGGAGACUGGGGAAAGAGGAGUAUUUGAGACCAGCCUGGACAGCAUAGCAAAAUCCUUUCACAUUAAAAAAAAAGUGAAGAAAUCUAUUCUCUCAUUCUAAGACCAAUUUAACUUAUUAAAAGAUAAAAUUAAUGUCUUUCAAAAUGGAACAGACCUUUGAUGUUUGCGUUAAAUUUAGCAUUAGAUGCUUUUAUUUGUUAACUUUUGCUUAGUAAAUUGAAAAUAGAGAAACUCCAUUUAUAGUCAACUCUUCUUUCUACUUAAUACAGUUAUGGGCCCUCUUAUUUAUGACAAUUUAUAAGUAAGAAUUGAUCUUAAUUUUGCCUUUGUUUUAUAUCAAGUUUGGAUUUUUUCAAAGGAAUCUAAUUUAUUUGGCACAUUUGAUAAAGAGAAGAACAAAUUAAGUGGCAUUUUAAAAUUCUCACUAUAUUUUCAUUUAUAAUGUCAAUAAAAUAUUUACCAAAAUACAGCUUUUUAAGCAAAAUUAUCCAAACUUUAUGAUAUUCAAAAGCCUCAACUAUAUACUAUGAAAAAAAUGCUUUUUUAAAAAACUACAUUGAGGUAAGACAAUUGCUUGAAAUAAUUUGAUUUCAUUAACUAGUAGUUAAUAUUUUAAUUUCUUAAUCUAAUUUUUACUCCAGGAAAACAUUAACUGAAAUAUGAAAUCUGACUUAUUGGAUACAAAAACUUACGUAAUCAUUAUUUAUUAAGGAAGUAAAAUCUUGUUCUAGUUACCUAUUAAAAGCUUAUUUAUUUUUUCGGUAAUGUACAUAUUAACUUAAAAAAUAAAAGCUUUUUAAACAACAACAAAAAAGCUUAUUUAUGGGCAUGGUAGAGCACUGGCCUAACAUAUACAAAGCCCUGGGUUGGACCUCCAGUACUACAACCAAAAGGAAGAAGUCUUACUAAAUAGAAAUAAGGAAAAAAAUCAGUGCAGAUGCCUGUAAUCCCAGCUGUUUGAGAGGAUGAGGCAGGAGGAUUGCAGUUUUGAAGCCAACCUGGGCAACUUAAUAAGACCCUUUCUCAAAAUAAAAAAUUAAAAGAGCUGGGGAUGUAAAGGUAGAGGACCCCUGGGUUCAGUUUCCACUAACACACAAAAAAGAGAAAAGUAAAGUUUUUGGAGUCUCUCCACCCUCAAUGUCAACUUUUUAUUGAACUUAAACUGUCUCCCUGGCAAACUAGUUCAAAAUAGUUAUUUAGACCACAUAUAGGAAUAUUUUAUUUUGGGAAUCAAAAUGAACAAAGCAUAGGGAAGAUGAAAAUUUGGCUUUAAAAAGUUCUAUCAUUUCUUCUUGUGUUCUCCUACCACCAAUAACUUUUAAGAGGAAGAGAUGCUGGGUUUUUCCAAAUGUGUCUGAACAACAAGAUAUGUUAUACUUAUUAAUGUUUACUGUAAAAAAAAAUUUACUGCUAGAAAGUCCCUAUGAACAUUUUUGUGACUUAUCAAAUAGAACUCAAGUUAUCUCAGACUGUGAGACUGAUUAUUUUUCUAUCAGUUUAAGUCAGCAAAAAUAAAUAGGCUUAUGAGGAAAGACCUUGUUGGUAUCCUAAUGUAUUUUAUUUCCUUCUAGCUUGUAGAUUUUUUUUUACAUCAACAAUUCCUUGUAAGAGACUGCGGUUUAUUACCCUUUUGAUAGAAUUUGGGCCCCUUUGCUAUUGUCAUUUGUAUAUUUGAGCUACAUGUCUCUAGAGAUUUUGGUGAAUGAUACAUUUAUAAUAAAUACAAAGGAAUUUUCCAAUUUUC